AUGAACUUAAACGAACAAGAAACCUUCCUUAUCUCCAAUAAGCUUCGACGUGCUCGAUCUGUCGUUCAUGAAGAGUGUGUAGUUGGUUUGGAAGAUGAUGCUAAGAUUCUUUUGGCAAAGCUUCUUGAUGAUAGGGAGGAGAAGAGAUUUAUGAUCUCCAUAUUCGGUAUGGGAGGUCUUGGAAAGACUGCAAUUGCUAGGAAGCUCUACAACUCAGAGGAUGUGAAGAGAAGAUUUGAUUGUCGUGCGUGGACCUAUGUUUCUCAAGAGUAUAAUACAAGAGAUAUGCUUAUGAGAAUCAUUAAUCUUUGGGAGUGGCUUCUGCGGAAGAUUUGGAAAAGAUCAAGUUAUCUGCGGAGGAAGCGCUAG